ACCCAAAUUCCUUCCAUUUUUUCCUACCGACCUAGGCCAAAAUCCAUUUGUCAGAAAAUGAGAAAAGAAACAAAAAUGAAUACCAAAAACCCCACUUUUCACAAAUCACAACCUUCUUCUUCCUCUCUCUCUACCUAAACACCUUUCUCUCUCUAGAUUUCCUUCAUCAUUAGCCUAAUUGAUCACUCUUAAAACUCACCCUACAAACUUCAUACUCCUUUCCCUUUACUUAACCUAUAGAGAUCUGCUAUUCACACCCUUAAAAUCUUCCAUUUCCUUUUAAACUAAGAUCCUUUCACCUCAAUUUCCGAUCAAACUCAAACGCGCUUUUCACCUCAAAAUCAGAAUAAAUAGAAGCGAAAAGCACGAUAGAGAGAGAAAGAGUAAGCAGAAAUGAAAAUCCCUUGUUGUUCGGUGUGCCAAACGCGGUACAACGAAGAAGAACGAGUUCCUCUUCUUCUUCAAUGCGGUCAUGGCUUCUGCAAAGAGUGUCUUUCUAGAAUGUUCUCAUCUUCCUCCGACGCUAAUCUCACAUGUCCUCGUUGCCGCCACGUGUCCACCGUCGGUAACUCAGUUCAAGCUCUCCGCAAAAACUACGCCGUUCUUUCGUUAAUCCUCUCCGCCGCCGAUUCCGCCGCCGCUGCCGGAGGUGGUGGCGGCGGUGAUUGUGAUUUCACCGAUGAUGAUGAAGACCGAGAUGACAGCGAGGUUGACGACGGUGACGAUCAGAAACUAGAUUGCCGCAAGAACAGCCGCGGAUCGCAGGCGUCGAGUUCGGGAGGAUGUGCGCCGGUGAUUGAGGUUGGAGUGCAUCAGGAUUUGAAAUUGGUGAGGAGGAUUGGGGAAGGGAGGAGAGCUGGAGUGGAGAUGUGGUCGGCGGUGAUUGGUGGUGGAAGGUGUAAGCAUCAAGUGGCGGUGAAAAAGGUGGUAUUGAAUGAGGGAAUGGAUUUGGAUUGGAUGUUAGGGAAGUUGGAGGAUUUGCGUAGGACUUCGAUGUGGUGUAGGAAUGUUUGUACUUUUCAUGGUGCUAUGAAGGUUGAUGAGGGUUUGUGUCUUGUGAUGGAUAAGUGUUUUGGAUCGGUUCAAUCGGAGAUGCUAAGGAAUGAAGGAAGACUCACUUUGGAACAAGUCUUGAGAUAUGGGGCAGACAUUGCACGAGGGGUUGUUGAACUUCAUGCUGCAGGCGUUGUUUGCAUGAGUUUAAAGCCUUCCAAUCUACUUCUUGAUGCAAAUGGUCAUGCUGUGGUUUCUGAUUAUGGACUUGCUACAAUUCUGAAGAAGCCUUCCUGUUGGAAGGCUAGACCUGAGUGCGACUCCGCAAAGAUCCAUUCCUGUAUGGAAUGUAUAAUGCUCAGCCCACAUUACACAGCACCAGAGGCCUGGGAACCUGUGAAGAAGUCAUUAAAUUUGUUCUGGGAUGAUGGAAUAGGUAUAUCUCCCGAAUCAGAUGCCUGGAGUUUUGGUUGUACAUUGGUCGAGAUGUGCACGGGUGCCAUUCCUUGGGCUGGUUUAAGUGCAGAAGAAAUCUAUCGACAAGUUGUCAAGGCAAAGAAACAGCCUCCACAAUAUGCUAGUGUGGUUGGUGGUGGAAUUCCAAGGGAAUUGUGGAAGAUGAUUGGAGAAUGCUUACAAUUCAAACCAUCUAAAAGACCUACCUUCAAUGCAAUGCUGGCAAUAUUUCUCCGUCAUUUGCAAGAAAUACCACGCAGUCCUCCUGCAAGCCCUGAUAAUGACCUUGUUAAGGGCUCUGUAUCAAAUGUAACAGAGGCUUCCCCAGUACCUGAAUUAGAGAUUCCUCAGGACCCAAAUCGUCUCCAUCGACUUGUGUCUGAAGGGGAUGUCACUGGCGUUAGAGACUUUCUGGCCAAGGCUGCAUCCGAAAAUGAAAGCAACUUCAUAUCUUCUCUAUUGGAAGCUCAAAAUGCUGAUGGGCAAACGGCUCUCCACUUGGCUUGUAGACGUGGCAGUGCAGAACUGGUCGAGACAAUUCUGGAUUAUCCAGAGGCAAAUGUUGAUGUCUUGGACAAAGACGGGGAUCCUCCUCUUGUUUUUGCUUUAGCAGCUGGGUCCCAUGAAUGUGUAUGUAGCCUUAUCAAAAGAAAUGCUAAUGUGACAUCACGAUUAAGAGAUGGCUUGGGCCCAUCAGUAGCUCACGUUUGUGCCUAUCAUGGUCAGCCAGAUUGUAUGCGAGAGUUACUUUUAGCUGGAGCUGAUCCCAAUGCAGUGGAUGACGAAGGUGAAUCUGUACUUCAUAGGGCAAUUGCCAAGAAGUUCACAGACUGUGCUCUUGUGAUAGUGGAAAAUGGAGGCUGUAGAUCAAUGGCCAUCUCGAAUUCAAAAAAUUUGACACCGCUGCACUUGUGUGUAGUAACAUGGAAUGUUUCUGUUGUGAAGAGAUGGGUGGAAGUUGCAACUGCUGAUGAGAUUGCUGAAGCAAUUGACAUACCAAGCCCUAUUGGCACUGCCUUGUGCAUGGCAGCCGCUUCUAAGAAAGACCAUGAAAGUGAGGGGAGAGACUUGGUGCAGAUAUUGCUUACAGCAGGAGCUGAUCCAUCUGCUCAAGAUUCACAGAAUGGGAGGACAGCUUUGCAUACAGCUGCUAUGACAAAUGAUGUGGACUUGGUUCAGGUUAUUCUUGCUGCUGGUGUUGAUGUGAACAUUCGAAAUGUGCACAAUAGUAUACCUCUUCACUUGGCCUUAGCUAGGGGUGCAAAGACAUGUGUUGGGCUGCUUCUAGAUGCUGGGGCGGAUUGUAAUUUGCAGGAUGAUGAUGGUGAUAAUGCUUUCCAUAUAGCAGCUGAAACAGCAAAAAUGAUACGUGAAAAUCUGGACUGGCUUGUUGUGAUGCUAUUGAAUCCUGAUGCUGAUAUUGAAGUCAGAAACCACAGAGGCAAGACACUACGAGACAUCUUAGAAGGUCUACCCCGAGAGUGGUUAUCCGAAGAUUUGAUGGAGGCACUCGUGAAUAGAGGAGUUCAUUUAUCUCCUAUAACAUUUGACGUAUUAGAUUGGGUGAAGUUUAAAAGAACAGUCACAGAACCAAAACAUGGGUGGCAAGGUGCUAAACCAAAUAGUGUUGGCUUUGUGCAAAGUGUGCCAGGCAGAGAUAAUGAUGAUCUCAUUGUUUCAUUUUGUUCGGGCGAGGUUCGUGUGCUGACAAGUGAAAUUGUAAAACUCAUACCGUUGGAUAGGGGACAGCAUGUACAACUGAAAGGAGAUGUAAACGAACCUAGGUUUGGUUGGCGUGGGCAGUCACGUGACAGCAUUGGGACAGUAUUAUGUGUUGACCCAGAGGAUGGAAUCCUCCGUGUUGGAUUUCCUGGAGCAUCCAGAGGAUGGAAAGCUGACCCAGCAGAGAUGGAACGGGUUGAGGAGUUCAAGGUUGGAGAUUGGGUUCGUGUUCGUCCAACCCUUACAACUUCAAAGCAUGGAUUAGGAAAUGUGGUACCAGGAACCAUUGGCAUUGUAUAUUGUAUCCGACCUGACAGUAGUUUGUUAGUCGAGUUGAGCUAUGUUCAAAAUCCAUGGCAUUGUGAACCAGAGGAGAUUGAGCAUGUUCCUCCUUUUAGGAUUGGUGAUAGGGUAUGUGUGAAGCGAUCUGUCGCAGAACCUAGAUAUGCUUGGGGUGGUGAGACACAUCACAGUGUUGGAAGAAUAAGUGAGAUUGAGAAUGAUGGUCUCUUAAUAAUAGAAAUACCAAAUCGACCCAUACCAUGGCAAGCUGAUCCAUCUGAUAUGGAGAAGGUGGAAGAUUUUAAGGUUGGAGAUUGGGUCAGAGUGAAAGCUUCAGUAUCUUCUCCAAAAUAUGGAUGGGAGGAUAUUACAAGGAACAGUAUUGGUGUAAUUCAUAGCUUGGAAGAGGAUGGCGAUAUGGGUGUUGCCUUUUGCUUCAGAAGUAAGCCUUUUUCGUGCUCGGUCACUGAUGUGGAGAAAGUUCCUCCUUUUGAGGUGGGACAAGAAAUUCGUGUGAUGCAAUCCGUUAAUCAGCCACGGCUUGGGUGGUCAAAUGAAUCACCAGCAACUGUUGGAAAAAUAGUGCGAAUUGACAUGGAUGGUGCCCUCAAUGCGAGGGUCACUGGUAGGCAGAGCUUGUGGAAAGUUUCUCCUGGAGAUGCAGAACGACUUCCAGGAUUUGAGGUUGGAGAUUGGGUACGCUCUAAACCAAGCCUGGGAAAUAGACCAAGUUAUGACUGGAAUAGUGUUGGGAGAGAGAGUUUAGCUGUUGUGCAUAGUGUACAGGAUUCUGGAUAUUUGGAGUUGGCUUGUUGUUUCCGUAAAGGGAAGUGGAUCACUCAUUAUACAGAUGUUGAAAAGGUUCCUAGCUUUAAAGUCGGGCAGUAUGUUAGGUUCCGACCUGGUUUGGCUGAACCCAGGUUUGGUUGGGGCGGGGCUCAGCCUGAAUCUCAAGGUAUUAUAACCAAUAUUCAUGCGGAUGGAGAAGUCAGGGUUGCAUUCUUUGGUUUGUCGGGACUGUGGAAAGGCGAUCCUUCAGAUCUGCAGGCAGAACAAAUCUUUGAAGUGGGAGAGUGGGUGAGGCUGAAAGAAAACGUAAAUAAUUGGAAAUCAAUUGGCCCAGGUAGUGUCGGUGUCGUUCAAGGAAUAGGUUAUGAAGGAGGUGAAACUGACAGAAGCACGUUUGUUGGCUUUUGUGGGGAACAAGAAAAAUGGGUGGGACCAAGUUCCCAUCUAGAAAGAGUUGACAAACUCAUUGUGGGACAGAAGGUUAGAGUUAAACAAAAUGUUAAACAACCUAGGUUUGGGUGGUCAGGGCACACCCAUGCUAGUAUUGGUACUAUACAAGCAAUUGAUGCUGAUGGAAAACUUCGGAUAUACACUCCAGCAGGUUCAAGAACAUGGAUGUUAGACCCAUCAGAAGUGGAGGUGGUAGAAGAGAAGGAGCUAUGUAUUGGAGACUGGGUAAGGGUUAGAGCAUCAGUUUCCACUCCAACCCACCAUUGGGGGGAAGUGAGUCAUUCAAGCAUCGGGGUGGUGCAUCGGGUGGAAGAUGAUAAUUUAUGGGUGUCAUUCUGUUUUGUGGAGAGAUUAUGGCUUUGUAAGGCAAGUGAAAUGGAACGGGUUAGACCGUAUAAAGUGGGGGACAAAGUAAGGAUCAGAGAUGGACUUGUAUCACCAAGGUGGGGAUGGGGGAUGGAGACGCACGCCAGCAGGGGGCAUGUUGUAGGAGUAGAUGCAAAUGGUAAACUAAGAAUAAGAUUUCGAUGGAGGGAAGGGAGACCUUGGAUAGGAGACCCUGCUGAUAUUGCUCUUGAUGAGAACUGAUGUAAAACUUUUUAGGAACAUGGAAGCUUGUAUCAUCAUAACUUGAUUUUCUCAUUCAGAGAUCUUUGGCCUAUUGCUUUUCUGGGUCCGUUCUUGUGCAAGAAAUCGAAAUCUUUAUGUGACCUGCUACCGCAUGUGCUCUGAACUAUGUAACUCCUAUCAUUGUUGGAAUGUGGUUUGGCCAAAUUUAUUGAUGUUAAUGAAACAUAGUGAAUGGAUUAAAGUUAUGGAUAGAGGAAGAUUGGCUUACUGACUGAGGUAUAGAGAUUUAAGGCGAACUAUUGGCGAUUGGCCCAUUUAUAUUCAUUAUUAUAUACUCACAUAUAUAAGUUUGGAGUUCCAGAUUUUGAGUUGUAUAUUUAUAUAUGUUUAUUAUUUAAUGUUGUUGUACAAAUCGUACUCGUACUCGGUCGCCAACUUAAAUGCAUUUUUUUUUUUUAACUUUA